AUGGUGAACAUUACGGAAAAGAUCAAGGAGAUUGAGGAGGAGAUGAAGAGGACGCAAAAAAACAAGGCGACUGAAUAUCACUUGGGUCUAUUAAAAGGAAAGCUCGCUCGAUUAAGGGCGCAGCUGCUGGAGCCUGGUCCAGGAGCCGGAGGUGGCGGCGGUUCAGGUUUCGAUGUCAGCAAAAGUGGUGAUGCGCGAAUUGCCCUUGUCGGUUUUCCGUCAGUAGGAAAGUCAACGUUCCUAUCAAAAGUCACAAAGACAAGGUCCGAGGUUGCUUCCUACGCUUUCACAACCUUGACAGCCAUUCCAGGUGUGCUCGAGUAUGGUGGUGCUGAGAUCCAGCUUCUCGAUCUUCCUGGUAUUAUCGAGGGUGCUUCCGAAGGCAAGGGUCGAGGACGACAGGUCAUCUCGGCUGCCAAGACCAGUGAUCUUAUUCUCAUGGUUCUCGAUGCUACCAAGAAGGCUGAGCAAAGAGCGUUGCUGGAGGCUGAGUUGGAAGCAGUCGGUAUCCGCCUCAACCGAGAGCCACCCAACAUUUACCUCAAGGUUAAGACGGCGGGUGGUAUGAAGAUCACAUUCCAGUCCCCUCCCAAGAAACUGGACGAGAAGAUGCUUUACAACAUUCUUCGUGAUUACAAGAUCCUCAACUGUGAGGUUCUCGUCCGUGACGAGAACGCUACCGUUGACGACUUCAUCGAUGUCAUCAUGAAGGACCACAGAAAGUACAUCAAGUGUCUCUAUGUCUACAACAAGAUUGACAGUGUCUCACUCGACUUCCUCGACAGGUUGGCUCGCGAGGAUCACACAGUCGUGAUGAGUUGUGAGGACGAUCUGGGUAUUCAGGAUGUCAUCGACAGAUGCUGGAAGGAACUCAAGCUGAUCCGCAUCUACACCAAGCGCAAGGGUGCAGAGCCCGAUUUUGGCGAGGCUCUGAUUGUGCGCAGCAACAGCACUAUAGAAGAUGUAUGUGAUCGCAUUCACAGGACUCUCAAAGAUACGUUCAAGUAUGCCCUGGUGUGGGGUGCUAGUGCGAGACAUGUUCCUCAGCGAGUUGGUCUGAGUCACCCCGUGGCGGAUGAGGAUGUUGUGUUCAUCAACACCGCCUGGAAAGCAUAA